AUGGAGGGCAACUGCUCCGCCGAGUAUGAGAGAUAUUUGACGAUUCCGAGGGAAAAUGCCACCAUCGACUGGUUUACGGGAGGCGGCAACACGAACAGGCUCGCUCAGCCCGUAGCAAACUGCAUUCUGGGCAACACGUCUGAGUAUAUCAUGAGCAACAUGGCGGCUGCCGCAGUCGUCCUUGGUCUCAUGCCAACAAUCCUCGCUACAGUUGGAAACAGCGUAGAAGAGACUUCGACGCUCUGCGUCAUCGGACAGAGACCACUCAUCGCCCUACUUGUGGCUGCUGGAUCACCUGCUAUCCAUCCCAUUCGAUCGUUCGAGUACAUGAACCCGAUGAAGUUGGUCAAGCCCCGGCACUACCGUUUACGCACCGAAAGAUCAUCCGUACCGCUUAGGACGGUUACUCUCGCUAUCGAAUUCCUUGCUGCGAUUGCGGCCAUCAUCAACACGUAUACACUGUGCAAUCAGCUGGGCGUGAUGGUUGUCAGUAUGCUCGCCCCCCAGCUGACUUAUUUGGAGUUCCUUUGGAGUAUCAUCGGUAUCAGUUCUCACGUCUCCGCAGCUGCUAGCUUGUGGGCUCGAACACGGAUCACCGAGGGUACUCGACGUGGGUACAUCGGGGAAGUACUUUCGCGACAAUUCAAACCUCUAGAUGAGAAGGAUUGGACUAAAGCAUUCAUUGAUGAGGAUGAAACAUAUUGUUCAAUGGCCUUGUCGUAUUUCACGUCUCUGCUAGGUACAUGUCAUCUGAUUUACGGAAGUAUGCUGUUCUCCAGUCUUGUUUUCAUCUCCGCAACGGAUAGCCUGAAGAUCAUGGCUCGCUACAUGGCAUCGGCGAUGGUCAGCAGGUUCAUCCUCAUGUACGAGCUCUUCUGGCUGCGAGAUAUUCUUGGUCAAAGGAAGGAAUUGUUUUCAAGGAAUGAUGCCAUCGAGCUGACGCAGCCAAAUGAGAUAUUGGAACACAGGGGUAAGAUUUAUCACAGAAGCACAGCUGAUUCGGGGAUUUUUGAGACUUGA